AUGCCUGCUGCAGCUAUCAAGUCCAGUAGAAGCACUUCCAUAAAGGCUCGCAUGGCUCCACUUAAGAGACUGCGAAUCCCAUCACCCAAACCGGUGGCCCGUCUGCGACUAACUCAUCCGCGACGACCUUCUAUUUGUGAUGCUCCCAGCCUCAAGGCUGAGUUCAUCCACAAGCGUCUUUCCUUCUUUGCCCCGGAGAAGCUCGGCGAGGGGGGCUGGGGCCAAGUCCAUCUGAUGCACGAGAGACAGAGCAAACGGCGCUUUGCAGUCAAGGAGGUAUUCAAGGUCUCCGGGGAGAAGGAGCAAGAAUACGCAGACCGAAUCUACGAUGAGUUUGACAUCGCCAGCCGGUUAAAUCAUCCCAACGUGAUCAGAACCUACCGGCUCCGUGCUCGUCGCUGUCGCUGGUGCAUCGUCAUGGAGUACUGUCCCAAUGGCGACGUAUGCGAUCGCCUCGCGGCGAACCAGCUCAAGUAUAACGAGGUGCUGUGUCUCUUCAAACAGCUCCUUUACGGCGUGGAGUACCUGCACAGUCAGGGCGUCGCUCACCGCGACAUCAAGGUUGACAAUCUGCUUCUCAACGAGGUCGGUCAUCUCAAAAUCGCCGACCUCGGCCUUGCGACGACAGGUGAGCCCUUUUACCUAUCUGACCCUCUAAGCAGAUGCUUUGGGGACUGUGGUACUCCGGUGAUGCAGCCUCCUGAGAUAUUGAAAGGCGAACCAGAAUACUACGACGGUCGCGCAUUUGACGUCUGGUCGUGCGCCAUGAGCUGUCUGUUCAUGCUUUACCCUCACCGCGCGGGCUCGAAAGUCGGCACGCCCAGCGACAAGCUCGAACAAGAGCAAGAGUGCUUGCGCAACUGGGCGCACCACCUGAAAUCAGAUUAUUGGUCUCUUCUUCCCGAGGCUCGAAAACUCGGGGGCUUCCUCUUCACCCUCCCCGACGCCCGCCUUCGACAGCUCCUGCUCAAAAUGCUGCACCCGCAGCCUACCAAGCGCCUCAGUGCAUCCCAAGCAUUGAACGACCCCUUCAUCCGCCAAAUCGAAUGCUGCUGCCCGGCGCCAAAUAGCAGAGAUCAGGAGCCUCCGGCUCGACAUUAUCACGGGCCACCUCGUUUCAUGCUUCCCGUGAGACUUUCGUUGAAUUGUUGCGGGAUCAAAGAUCCUCGGAAGGACUGA